UUUGGCAGUUGUUCGGUGCUGCCAACUUGUUUUUCUGUUGUACCUACAUUUAAUAGAAUUUGAUUAUUUAUUGUCUAGUUACGAAAGCUUUUCAUUACUAUUAGUUAAAUUGAGGCUUAAUUUUAAAUUCACCACUGACUCCAACGUUAUGAUGCUGUGCCAUUUUCCUACUCAAAUGGUGACUAUAGGCCACUUUACCUGCUGUCACUGGAAUGUAAUUUAAACGGAAAGCUUUAUUCCAUUUAUUUGAUGGGAAUUGAGUUUGUUAUUAUCGUAUAUCCAUGAGGAGUCGGUUUAUAGUAUUAUGAUGAUACUCCGUGUAUUAAGAUGAAUUGCUAGUAUGUUACAUCUAUGGCAGACAGUACAAAACCUUUCAGUCUUUUGGAGCCUGAAGUCAUCAUAACUGUGAAGGAAGAGCAAGAAGAUCGAGGGAUUUCUGAAGACACAGCUAAUCAGAUUGAGAAUGAUGAAUUGAUUGUAGAUAUGAAAGUCAGCAUCAGCGGAGUUGUUAAUGAAGUGAAGGUAGGCAACAUGCAACUAGGACUGGAGCCCUUCUCAGUAAACAGAACCCAUGGAACAGCUAAUGCCUACAAUGAAGCAUUGGAUUUAUCUUUUGGAAGGAAUGCAGUUUCAAAUAAAGUUGGAGAAAUUGUUAACCAACAGACAUAUGUCUUUGAUGACAGUGUGAAUAAGUUUGCCUGUCAAGUGUGUGGAAAGUGUUUCAGCAGGCGGAGUACGUUGGAAAUUCAUAAUGUUGUUCAUUCUGGCCUCAGACCUUAUGAGUGUAGUGAAUGUGGUAAAGCCUUCAAGACAAAGUCAUACUUCAAUCAACACAGAGUCCUCCAUAUGGGUGAAGUUCAUGAAUGCUUAGUGUGCAAUAAAAAAUUUAAGCACAAGUAUGAUCUAGCGAGACACUUUAAACUUCAUGAAGGUUCUGGCUAUAAGUGCACCACUUGUGAAAAACAAUUUUGCUCUUCCCAACAACUGCAAGAUCAUAUGAGGACUCAUACUGGUGAGAAACCUUACCAGUGUGUUGAGUGUAAACGAUCAUUCAAACAAAGGGCACACCUUGCUCGUCAUGUGAGGCAGCAUACUGGAGAACGUCCUCAUGAAUGUUCCAUUUGUCAGAAAGCUUUUGUUAGUAAGCAUGAUCUCACUGUUCAUGUAAGGGUGCACACAGGUGAGAAACCAUACAGAUGUGAUACAUGUCAAUUGUCAUUCAAGGAUAACCGUGCUCUGAAAAAACAUACUAUUAUACACACUGGAAUAAAACAUCAUGUGUGCUCUGUGUGCAAGAAGGCAUUCUCACGAAGAGCAGAUCUACAAAACCAUAAUAGGACUCAUACUGGUGAGAAGCCAUAUGUAUGUAGUUUUUGUAACAAGGCUUUUACUGUGAAAGGACAGCUUUUGAAACACACCAAGAGAAUCCACAAUAGACUUCCCAAAUAACCCUUGUUACAAGGAAACAAACUUUAACACUUGUGACUUUAAGUGGAUAUGAUAAAGAUUAUGCUGAAUAAAGUUAUGUUAUAAAAAUUUUGUGUUUAAGUUUACCCAGUAUAUCAUAUAUCUCUCUAUUUACAAGAUUAUUAAUGAAAUUAACUCAUUUUUGGUGAUGCUCCUCAUAAGAUAAUCAUUAUAAAUUAAGUUUACUGCCAUUUGUACUUAAGAAUAUGGAAGAAUAAAGUUGGUCCAUGUGGUUUGGAAUGCUCGUUAUAAAGA